CGGGAGGCAGCUCCGUUUAACCGAGCCCCAUCUCCGACUCCAAGCCGCCUCCAAAAACUAACAACAACAAAAAAGGGAAAAACUUUUUCCUUGUGCAAGUUAACGGGCCCGGGACAAACAGCCAGACAGAGUGGACGAGGUCGUGCAUGAAUGAGUUUGAGAGGCAGCAUUUUGAAAAACAAAAAAAAAAGUUUGAGCUGACAGAGAGGCGACAGGUUGCGGGUUUGGGAUCAGGGAGCCAGAGGGAGGGUCACUGCAGCCGCUGGAGGUCUACGCGCUUUUCGACGCACUCAAAUGAUGGCACCAAUGAUGGCAGAUGGAUUUGCUUUUCGUGUUUAAGUAUGACAUCUCCGGUCUAAAGGUGUCAUACAUAUUGUGAACCCUAGUCGAUGGAUUUAUUACCUUUAAUACAAGAAUAUUUUACCUGUACUUUCUCCAUAGGCUAGAAAUCUUGAAGCAUGGGCGACUGGAGCUUUCUGGGGCGGCUGUUGGAGAACGCUCAGGAGCACUCAACGGUCAUCGGCAAAGUCUGGCUGACUGUCCUCUUCAUCUUCAGGAUCCUGGUGCUGGGGGCCGCGGCCGAAGAGGUCUGGGGCGAUGAGCAGUCCGACUUCACCUGCAACACUCAACAGCCCGGUUGCGAGAACGUCUGCUAUGACGAGGCCUUCCCCAUCUCGCACAUCCGCUUCUGGGUGCUGCAGAUCAUCUUCGUGUCCACACCGACUCUCAUCUACCUGGGUCACGUGCUACACAUCGUCCGCAUGGAGGAGAAGCGGAAAGAGAAGGAGGAGGAGAUGCGCAAAGCAAACAGGUUCCAAGAGGAGAAAGAACUCCUUUAUAGAAAUGGUGGAGAUGCUGGAGGAGGCGCUGGCGGCGGCAAGAAGGAGAAGCCACCAAUCAGGGACGAGCAUGGCAAAAUCCGUAUCAGAGGCGCAUUGCUGCGUACCUAUGUGUUCAACAUUAUUUUCAAGACCCUGUUUGAAGUGGGAUUCAUUUUGGGCCAGUAUUUUCUCUAUGGCUUCCAGCUGAGGCCCCUGUACAAGUGUGCACGUUGGCCCUGCCCCAACACCGUUGACUGCUUCAUUUCGAGGCCCACUGAAAAGACUAUUUUUAUUAUAUUUAUGCUUGUGGUGGCUUGCGUGUCUCUUUUGCUGAAUUUGUUAGAGAUCUAUCACCUUGGAUGGAAGAAAGUUAAACAGGGCAUGACAAAUGAGUUUGCCCCUGACCACGAGUCGCUGCGCCGCGUCGACAUUGCAGAGCCUGAGUGUAUGGCCUCAGCCUCCAGAACUGCCCCAUCCACCCUCAGCUACCCUCCCAACUACACAGAUGUGACGGCAGGCAGCGGGGCAUUCCUGCCGCCCAUGGUGCCGGCAGCCGUGCCCUCAGCGGCGGGGUUCAAGAUGGACGAGCUCCAGCAGGAGGAGUCCCUCCACCAGCCCUCCCCCUCCCACUACUACAUCAGCAACAACAACAACCACAGGCUGGCCACGCAGCAGAACUGGGCCAACCUGGCCACCGAGCAGCAGACUCGGGAGAUGAAGGCCACCUCCCCCUCCCCAUCUUCCUCUUCCUCCAGCACCGCUGACAAGGAGCAGCAGCAGCCGCCCAUCGAUGCUGUGCUGCUCCCUCCAACCAGCAACACCAGUAACACCAACAUCACCAACUCGACUGCCACUGCCGCCUCCAGCAGCAGCAGCCCUGGCACUGCAUCCAACGCAGGCAGCUGGAGUGGAGGGAAGAGCGAGCAGGAGGAAGGUCACGUCACCACCACUACUGUGGAGAUGCACAAGCCUCCAGUAACGGUCAGCACAGACCCUCGGCGGCUUAGUCGGGCCAGCAAGAGCAGCAGCAUCAGGGCCAGGCCGAGCGACCUGGCUGUCUAAAUCUCUUCAGCCCUUUCAUGUCCCUAAACCCUCCCUGACCAACACCCCGCUUCCCCAAACCCCACCCCCAAACACAGUGA